UCUCUCAUAUUAAACUAUCUUAAAGGGGAAACAUUUGAACAAGGUCGUAUUAUUUGAAGGAUUGAGAUCAAAUCUGGUAAAAACGAUCAUCUUACAGUGAAUAAAACGGGGCGGAAAAAAUGACGUAGGCUUCACAGCAGGUUUUGAUCGGGGUUUCCUGUACCUCGUACUUUGAGUUGCCUAGUACUGGAGCCGACCAAGGCGAUCAAGACUCCCAAUUAAGAGUCCAGCGUCCAGACCAGCAGGCGGUGCUAGACAUUUCGCCGACAGCGCGGUUGAGGCAGAGAGGAAAAGCUUGGGUCUUCUUGACGCCACGUAAUCUCUUUGUGUUGAAUGAGCUCGCUGCUCGUCAGUGUCGCCGAGCGCUGGUGCUGAAAGGACAGCUCCGCCGCACAGAAGCCGACUGAAGGAAUGUAUUUCAAGAUGCUGAAACUGAAGCUCCUCAAUACCAUUGCUCCUGCCUACUUCUUCACAGCCACGGUGGUCACGUUCGCCCUGCACUUUUAUUUCUUCAUACCGACCAUUUUUGACAGACCCGGGGCCCGCCCCAGCGCAUCCACGCUGCUCCACGCCGCCAUCUUCCUCUUCCUAAUGCUGAACGCGCUGGGCAACUACGUCAUGACCAUCCGCUAUCCGGCAGAAAGCGCCAACGAGAGCGUGGUGCCCGUGUGUUCGCCCGACUGCCCGGAUCGGGUGGAUGCCCAUUACCUCCUCAACGAUCGACACUUUUGCAAGCUCUGUAAAAAAGUGAUCUUGAAAAGAGACCACCACUGCUUUUUCACAGGGAACUGCAUUGGAAACAAGAACAUGCGGUACUUCAUUAUGUUUUGCAUCUACACCUCAGGGACCUGUUUGUACUCUUUGGUGCUGGGUGUGGCAUACCUGACUGUGGAAUAUUCUAUUUCUUUCGAGAAUCCUUUGACCUUCCUCACCCUUUUGCCUCUUUCCAUUGGUUACUUUUUCUUAGGUGCGGUCUCCGGCCUGCAGUUCUUCCUCGUCCUCAUGCUGUACGUGUGGCUGGGCAUCGGCCUGACCUGCGCGGGGUUCUGCUGCCAGCAGGUCCUGCUGGUGGCGCGGGGGCAGACCUGGUGCCAGGUGUGGAAGGGGCACCUGGUGGAAGCGCGCAGCUCCUGGAGGGCCAACCUGAGCGACGUCUUUGGGUCACGCUGGGUGCUGGGGCUCUUCGUGCCCGUGCAGACUGUGGAGGCCCAGCUGGCUGACGAGAAAAAGCACGAGUGAGGAUGGGCGCCGCACGCUGUUGUGGUGGGUCUGUGUCCCAUGUCCCUCUUUCACAUGCUCUGAGAACGUGUUCUGGAUAAACCCAGCACUGCUGUAUAAAACAGUUCACAAUCGAUUUGAUUUUUGUCUUUUGCUGACAGUAAAUCCACAUGGGCUUUGUUGUGCAACUAUUUUAGUAUAUAAAAAUAUCACUUUGUUCUAAUUGAUUGGAACGCCAGCUUAUUGUCAUAGCUUUAUUUUUAAUUUCUCAUGUUGCGGUUAUAUUAUAUGACUCAAAAUCAAGGCUUAUGGUGAAGAGAGGAGAAAAUGCUACAGCUGCCAUACCAUCAGUACAAUUCUGCCAAAUACACUCAGCACAGUGAAGAAUUCCUUAUAUACUUGGCUUCCCUCCACAAGUAGCAUAGCCUCUUGUAAUGGUUUAUGCAGAAAUCCUUUAAAACUAUGCACUGAAGUCAUUAUUAGCGUUUUUUAUUUUUCUGGAGAGUAUGGGUGAGUAGUAUUUCUGGUAUGGUAUGAUAACAAGAAGACAACAAUACUCUUGAAAACAUGCUCAUUUUCUCUCUCUCCUUGCAAACAGGAGGCAAUGAAUGUUUGUACUGAUGCAGAACAUUCAGUGAUGAUAUGCAGUGUUGGCACAGCCUAAAGUGCAGAAUGAAGGAGGUUAUAAAACUCUCAGUGCUGAUAGCAUUGCUCUGUUGAAUAACACUGAGCAUAACACAGUAGCAUGGCAUGGUACACUCAGCAAGGAUGGUGGUUAUAAUCGACCGUGUCAUAUGUUUAUAUUAAGCACUUUAAGGUGAUUGGUUUUAAAGGAUCUAUAUAAAUAAGGUUUAUUAUUCUUAAAAUUAAUUGAAGUGUAUAUCUUUUUGUCCAUUGAUAUUUAAAUGUUAUUGUUUUAACAAUGUUUCUUUCAGCAUUUCUAACUACAGAUCCUCUUUGAAACAGGCAUGAACAGACUAUCUUCCUUCCAGCAAGGGUAUCACCAGUGCUUCCAUUCCUGUUGUGUGCUGGGGUGGUACGAACCCAGGGGAAUGUUGUCAUCUUCCAGCCCUAAACUUUUGAGACAAUCACUAAUGCAUUGCAGUCUACCAAUGCCUCACAAUUUCCCACCUCAGAAAAAAUUGUAACUGUAAAAUAAGAAACAUAAACAUGCACAGCAACAAUGAAGGAUAUGUAUGCACAGAACUGAGCGUUGAAGGCAGUGUUACUAUAGAGUGGCUCAAGCACAUUCAAUUUGCCUGUAUUCAGCACUAUUUCCCAAAUAGUUUAUCAGUAGAAGGUUCUCUCUGGCAGAAAAUAGGAGUUCAUCCACACUAUUGGUGUUGUCUGUGAAAAAGACUAAAUUUGCAUUGAAUUCAGGAAUUACUAGUUUUCCUUUGGUGUUCAUCUUAAAGCAGAAGGGCUACUCACUACUCUCUUACGAGGUUAUAAAAUUAAGACUGGAAAUCACAGGAAACCAAGUAUAUACUGAACAUAAAAAACAUAAAGAACCUUAACGACCUAAAACAACAGCACAAUAAAGUUUUCAGGAAGAUGUCAGUCGUUUUUCUAGCAGAUGAACUGACAUUUGAUAACAGACAUGACACAGGGGAAUUCAUUAUACUGAUUAUCAUUUGUCAUCACCAACAGUGUUUGACGCUCAACGAUCGACGAGCAACUGGGAAAGUUACAGGCUAGCACCACUGUUGGAAGCAAUACAUCUACAAUGCAUGCUUUACACCAGGUUGCAGGACAGCAUAAUUGUCAACUUCGCAGAUUGCAAAAAAGCGAUUGUUACAUGACCUGCGUGAGGAUGUGUUGUCUUGCUGGAAUAUCAUCAUGUUGGGAUAACAAGGCUCCAGGGAGGGCAGCAGUGAGGUCCCAAGACUAGAUCAGUGGAGCGCUAUGCAGUCAAGGUUCCGUCAAUCGAUAAAGGCAUUCUGUUGUUAAAAUGUGAGGCAUAUUGGUUUCCUUCUGCAUUUUUAAUUCUUGUUUUUACCAGGCUUAACAUUCCACAGACUAAAUCAUCUGUGUCCAAUCAACUCUCUCACUAAUGAAGUGAUUAAGGGUUUUGCCAGCAGUCAAAAGCCACUCAGCUAUCAUCGUCAGACAUGAAAGUUCAGUUUACCAAAACAUUUGAUCAAUAUCCAUGAUCCACAUCCUUUUUCGAAAAGCAUGCAUCCAUAAACAUAAUGAUACAUUUAUUUAAAUGCUCUGUAUAUGAUAAAAUGUGCAGUUUUGCGAUAGUAACCUUAUCUUCAAGACACAGUGCAUAUAGCUGAACUUUUAUUGAUGGGAACUAUUACAAAACAUAAAACCCUCGAGAGGAUUUUCAUUAUCAUGCAUUUAUGUUCAAGUGUUGCUCUUUGUCUGUAGCAAAACCAUUGUGAAAUACGAGUUGGAUUAGCAAGGGAUGUCUGUGAAGUGCUUGCUUUUUAGUCAAGAAAAUAUUUUUUAAAGAUUUUAUCCCAGAUUUCUGCCAAAGUAAAGACGUUUAUAAUCACACAUUUCUCUACUUUAAGAAUUGGUGUAAUAUUAUAACUUUUUAAGAAUUUCAAACAAUCUAAGAACCUUUUCUUAGUCAAGUAUUAUUAAAAAUAGUUCAGAGUCCUUUCAUUUUUUUAAUUAAAUACAUAAGAAUUAUGGACAAUGCCAAAAGUAAUCAUGGACAACAAAUCAAAUGUGAAUAUGAAACCAAAAUGUGCCAAGAAAUUAGGAAAUAUGCUUCUACAAAUUUACCAUGUGUACAGUAUAGAAUAAUACUUUGUGUCAUAGUUUGUAUCAUAGAGGAUGGUUUGUCAACUGUCUUUGUUAAACUUGAAAUAGUUUUUAAAUCUUCCAGAAUUAGAAAAGUUUUUAAGAUAUAUUUUUCAAAGACAUUGGGUGGUGUCAUAUGAUAGUAUUGUGUUCUCUGUAAUUUUAACUAAAGCUGAUAAGUACAUUAAAAAAAUUAAAACAUCUUUAAAUCAUGGUUUCAAUGGUAGGACCCAUCAUUAAGCUAAGACUUCAGGAGUUAAAGAUGAUAAAUAUAUUGGGAGACUGAGAUAAGGGGUUAGGAAGGGCUUUGUGAUGAAACUUUGUAUUUUUGAAAAGCAAAUCCUUUGUAGGCUAUUAUAAUUGUCUCUCGUUGUACUUUAUUCCUGUUGCAAAAAUAAACUUAAAACAUUG